UGAUUUUUGAAGUGCUGCUAUUUCUGAAUAUGCAAUGUAGCAGGGAGUGGUAUUUUACGACUCCCUGAUGUGUAGUGAUAUCACCUGAAAUUGUUCAUCCUCCUUGUCAGGUUUUCAUUGGCAUCUGCACUAGCCAGCUUGUUUCUUUCAUCACAGUGUAUGGUUGGUGGAUAUUCUUGACAUUCAUUGUACCUGAUGUGGUGGAUAUGUAACAACAAGCACUAACAUUGGUAUCACGAUGAGCUGGUGCUGCUGAUGAGCUAGUUGACAAUGGCUGACGGGACAUUGGGGUAUUCAGAGAGCAGCCAAGGAACUCAGUGGAAAGUGUUCUCAGACCUGCUAGACUCUCUCUCUGCUUCUUCAUCCACAUGGACUGACAAGACAGAAAGUCUCCAGCGCUUUUCACAGACAGUGCUGUGCUCUGCAGAGCAAGGUCUAUGCUGUAGCGAUCAGCAGACUCUCCGUUCACAGCUGUUGGGAGUAUGUAAUGAAUGCCUUCAUAGCAUAGAGCUACUUGUGUCUUCAGUCCAAGAGGAUAAUGUCGGUGACAACUUGAUAUCUAUGCGACCCCUACUACAGUUCUUAUCCCAGUGUCAAUCUACGACUGUGAAUUAUCUCAAUCACAUCUUGAAAUGGACAUCCGACGACCAGCUUCACUUGGGUAUGUGUGAGCAAGCCAUUGUGUUAGCGCUGACUCUGGCCAAGGAUGCGCUGGAGCAUUGCCAGGAGAGUAGCACUAGCUACGGCCUCCUGUUUUCUGGACUAGAGUCGGAGUUGCUGAACGUAUUUCGGCAGAGUUAUAAUUCACUCAAGGUUUGCUUCUCUCACUUGGAGCAAAUGACAGUGGCGAAGAGCAAGUCCAGUGAACAUUUCCCAGCUUUAUGGACGUGUUUGCAAGACGUGGCUGCUGUGAGUGUUCAUUUCGAUAACACGCUGAUGGUCAAGUCCUGGAGAAACCUUCUGAAGUUUUACACCAAAUUUGGCGGCGAAAUGAGUGACCAGUCAGUGAAGAUGGACAGCAGUCUGAAAGUUCUUGCGGAGACAGUUGUUGACCGCCUUCACGCAUGCAUUUCUACGCUGGUAGGAGACCAGGCAGCAGCACAAACUGGAGCCAGCCCAGUGAAGGUGGUGACUUUCCUUGGAAAUGCCUUGACAUCUCUUCUCCAGAGCUGCACAACACUGGAUGAUACAUCGUAUCUCGUGCUGCUGGAUAUGCUGUUGAGAGCUAACAGCUCUACAGCUGUUCUAUACCGGGGCAAAGGCAGUGACGGGUCAAGUAGCGACACACUGCUAACUGUUGUCAAGCAAGUUACUUCCAGCAUUCUAUCCAGACUGGUUGAAUCAUGGUCUGAGAUUUUACCAUCGCUGGUCCAGCUAGCUAACGGAGGAGAGGAUGGUGAACGGUUGCUGGGUGUCUUGCACUGUACACUCUGGUUCUUCCAACACUUUGCACACCUACCAGGUUCGGUGCGCGAUCAGUUGAUAUUACCCUCUACGGCGGAGCAGUUGGAAUCCUCACAGUUUCCUCUGCUGGAGCUACUGUUCCAAGCCUUGCCUCACUGUCAGGCAGAGUUCUCACUCAGCUCUGGCAGCUUCACUGGACAGCCUAGUGCUGCAGCAGCAGCAGCAGCAGAAAGACAAGUAGAAAAUGGCAGUACAGGAGGAACAUCGCUCUACCAGCACACGUUUGACGUUGUGUGUUCGUUUGCCAUCUCGCUCUCGUCCCGCGAGUUCAUGGCCUGCCUGGAAUGGGGUCUUCUGCAGCAGGUGGUGGAUGGCUGGCACCCUGUGUGUGUCCUGUUGUCUCAGGAUCUCUUCACUUUCCUUGCCAGGCUCGGUACCAGCUCUCUAAGAGUCUCUUAUGUUCUGUUUCUGGUCAAACUGGUCCACUCUCUACCAGCUAGCUGUGGCAGUGGAUAUCGAAAUCUUCUGUCUCUUGGCCGGCGUCUGUUCUCUACAUUGACAGAGAAAGAAAUGACUGUAGCGCUGGAUCGCUUGUCGACUGUGACAGCUGAGGAGAAUUCCGUAGUGUGGGCAUUAGUGGACUUCAGCAAGCUGCCAGAAACUAAGCUAAUGCAGAUUGUGACCGGUAUAGUGAUGCCUGCCGUCAAGUACCUUUCAUUCUGGCAGCAGCUAGCGGAUUGCAGUCCUGCUCAAGUGGUGUGCGUUCUAGAACUAAUGGCAAAUGUGACUGCCGACAUACGCUGUUUCCAAGCCAUGCCUCCCGACCAACGCUCCACGCUGUGUCAGCUUGUCCUGUUGGUAUGGCGACGCAUGACGGAGUUCAUCUGCGAUGUUAACGUCCUGCCUGAGGAGACGUCCGUAGCUAGUCAUGUUCUCCUGGAGUGGACCGGCCACAUGGUAUCUAUCAUGUCGGUGGACGACGUCAUGGCGCUACUUCAGAUUUACCAGGAUCAUAUUGUUGGCUGCUCACACGAGGGCAUUGUAGCUGGCCUGCCGCAGCUGUUCUCAUGCUGGGGCCGUAGAACAAUCCCGGAUGGCCAAAAGCAGGAUGAUCUGCUGGACAUGAUGGGUAGCCUGUGCCAGAUUUGCCUCUCACACAGUUCAUGGAGAGUUCAUCAGAACGCAUUGGUGGCCUUCACAGACUUUGCCAAGGUUACACCUUAUGCGGAAGCGGUUGAGUCCAAGUUCAUGCCGGCCGACCUUGGGGACGUUAUCGUCGCCUAUCUACAGCAAGUGCCACGACAUGCUGACCUGGUGCAUUACCGCAGUACUGAAAACCUUCUGGCCGUAUUCAAGGAGCGACAGCAGCAUCUGAUGGAGAGGCGACACAUGCUGGACCUGCAGACAGAACCAUCACAGUUUCUGGCUUUAAAGGCCGCUCUGCAGAAUCUCAGUUCUAACCUGGGGGUCGUGUCACACUUCCUCGAUUCAACAGGUGAACCACUCCCCGACUGGCUCUCCCCACAGCUCACUGCCGCACACGAUAGCACAAAGCUUCUCAUCGAGAAGGUUGCCAGUAUCCGAGAGUGUGCUGCAGUUGGAUCGCAACUUGUUCUUGACAGCGAGGGAGAGAGCGAUGGAUAAAUUACGUACAAUUCACGGAUGUUAAAUCACGGAGAGAAUGAAACACCUAUUAAAGUGACAUAUACAACAUAAAACCAUUCAAACAUUUGUUUGUGUUUCUGAAAAUAUGUACAAAUUUUCAUAACAAGUUCAUUAAAAUCACAGCUACUAAUGUGUGUGUAUCAUAAAACUGUAUACAUUUCAUGUGAGAUUCUUCAUGCAAAGAUAUAUUCCAAUGUACAAACACGUAUAUAACGCUGA